AUUGUCUACAAUGCUGCUCAUCUCUCUGUUCGUGGUUGUGUUGGGGGUUGCUGAGAUACAUGGUGCUGUGAUCCCCGUCGUCGGGUCACAGGUCUCUUCCUCCUCAGUCUUCACCUUCGGCUCCACGAACUACGGUCCACAGUUUGCCGUAGAUGGCGGAUUUGGCACCAACUUCGUCGUUGACAACACUACGUUUGCAACUGCUACCUCAGACGCAACGCCCUACAUGGACAUCGACCUCGGCAGCAACUUCCUCCUCAUCUCCAUCACCAUCACCAACAGGGGUGACUGCUGUUCUGAACGUCUCCGAAACAUCAGAGUCGAGGUGUACAAUAACAACCCAACUCUCGGAGGAACGCCUCAAGUCUGCACUACAAUCGGCAGCACCGCCCCAGCCGCCAGCUCCACCACCACGUUCACCUGCUCAGCCAUAGCUUUCGGAAGGUACAUCCGUCUGAACAAGUUCAGCAAGGUCGACGCUAAUGACGUCCUUCAGUUAGUAGAGGUUGUCCUUGAUGGCGUCCAGCUAAUUUCUGUGAUCCCCGUCCAUGGGUCCCAGGUCUCUUCCUCCUCAGUCUUCACUUUCGGCUCCACGAACUACGGUCCACAGUUUGCCGUGGACGGAGGAUUUGGAACCGAUUUCGUCGUUGACAACACUACGUUUGCAACGGCUGUUGGAGACACAACGCCCUACAUGGACAUCGACCUGGGCAGCAACGUCCUCCUCCGCUCCGUUACCAUCACCAACAGGGGUGAUUGCUGUUCCGAGCGUCUUCGAAACAUCAUCAUCGAGGUGUAUGACAAGAACCCAACUCUUGGAGGAACGCCUCAAGUGUGCACCACAAUCGGCAGCACCGCCCCCGCCGCCGGGUCGACCACGACCUUCAGCUGCUCGGGGAUGCCAAUCGGAAGGUACAUUCGUCUUAACAAGAACACCAAGGUCGACGCUACUGAUAUCCUUCAGUUAGUAGAGGUGGUCCUAGAUGGCGUCCAGCAACACUGUUCUUGACACCACUUCCAGCUGGACGAAAACUGUUUCUACUUCUCUGGAUUCCAAAUAACCUAUGCACAAGCCAAGGUAAACAUCAACAUCGCAUCCACGUGGAAUAUUAAUUACAUUUUAUAUUAACAAUGUAUUUUUACACGUACAAUUUCCCUUGGCCAUGCUAGCAUUACGUGGUCGUGAGUGAACAUCUCAGAUAAUGAACCGUUCUCAUGAGUUUACAAUAUGUAAACGACUAAAACCUUUCCUCUCAUGAGCUAAACCUAACUCGCUCACACAAUGGAAACAAUCGUUGUGUUACACCUACCUCCUAUUAUAGCGAUGUACUUGUAAAUAAAGAGUUUGCAAUA